AUGGUGCGGUGGCUGUACCUGUCCGGGCUGGUGCUCGCUGUGCUCAUCCCAGCCGGAGGGAAGGUGGCUCCCAAGGACCUGGAGGAGCUGUCCAGAUGGAAGCUGUUGGGAGCCCAGAACUCCCAGAGCUUCCUGUCCCUCAUCAAGCGACACUCGGAGGGGACCUUCACCAGCGACUUCACGCGGUACCUGGACAGGAUGAAGGCCAAGGACUUCGUGCAUUGGCUCAUCAACACAAAGAGGUCCAGCCCAUGGUGCUUAGGAGUUCCAUGGAAGGAUUCACCCGUCACCUGCAGCUCCUGGAUCCAGCCCAUGGCCCCUGUGAGCUCCACGGAAGGGUUCACCCAUCACCCAUAG